UUACGGAACACGGCGAAGCCAUAAAAAUUGCAAAUUCGUUGACAUUAAAUUUAAAACACAAGAUUUCGUAGAAGUUUAAUGUGCAUUAAAUCAAUUAUUCUGUCCUUCGAAUAUUUUACUGAAGCUUGACGAUGAGCCGGAAUAAAUAUGGACCACAGUGCAACGAUAAAUACUAGCUCUAUAUUUUAUGCCUUUUCAUAAAUUUUUCCUUGUAUAUGAUGCUGGUUUCAAAACACUUGAAGAAAAUUCAAACUGAAACCUUUGAAACAAAUGUUUCUUAGUUUGACAAUUCUCUACUACAUACAAAGACUAUUACACUCAAUACAAAGCAAAAUUGUUGCCGACGCACCCAAUUGUCCACACAGUUCUCUUUGUCCGCUCGAAUCCAAUUGCAAUCUUAUCCAUUUACUCUCGGCCACAUAACAACCAAGUAACAUUUGAAACCAGGUGAAGGCGAGUGGGUGUGCUAUGCGCAGCAUCCUUCGGCGAGAGAAAAACUGAAACACCAGCACAUUUUCACCAUAGUCCUCGUCAUAAAAAGGCUGACCUUGUCAAACAAAGUCUCAUUCCGAACUUGACAUUGAACAAAGUAAAUUGUAUUCAACAUGCGGUCUCACCGGCUUGCCAAUAAUUGAAAUCCGAAAUUUCAAAAGUGAACCAAAUCAACGGCAUAACUCGGCCAAGUAGCUUUUGACAAAAGCACUACAAGGGAUUGUAGUCGCGGCGGUUCGGUUAAGUGAACGUUCAACGUUAGUGUUCUGGUGGCUGGAGCCUAUUUCGAAAUCGGUGCCGGUUAACGGUCGAUGUCUCUUUAAAUGUGUGGGAAUUAAAUGUGUGUGUGGCAUUUAUAAAACGACCUUUUGAGUAGCAAAAUAAGUAAACAAACAAAAGGAAGCCGAUUGAAGAUUUAAAAGUGCAAGUGUCGGACUUCUUCAUCAAACUUAAAAAUUGAAACCUAGUGAAUUCUUUCAUACAGCUUGCCACAGUGAAGAUGUGAAAGCGUUAUAACGAAUGUCUUUGCAAUACCGGAUUAGUGCAGGAAAGCAAACAAAACGGAUUAAAAUCUCUUAGUGUACCCAUUGUUUGAUGAUGCACGGUAAAAGUUUUGUGCAUCUUUAGCAAUAUUGAUAAAUUCAACGAACUUUUCUCAUUGAACAUCGUUUGAAAGUAUUCGAGGUUUCCACUUGACCAGCAAUUCAAGAAAACUUCAACAGUAGCACCUAAAGUUUCACAGCCCCAAAUCAGCGCAACACAACUUAACCAAUGAAAAGUUACCAGCAGCUACGAUUGCUUUGGAAACAAAUUAAGAACUUUAACAUUUGCCUCUGCAGAACUCGCAGAAAGAGACGGGAGCGCAAUGACUUUACAGAGUGUCGCUGAUUCUAUCUACUGUCUCAACAGCAACAUGGGGUCCAAAGCUAUCGUUCACUAUCGAUAUCGCAGGAGGGCAGGACAAAGUAAUAGAGGCCAUGGCAACAAUACCCUCCAAAUGAGCAGCGCAACUUUGACACUUGUAUGGCCUCUACGUUUGAAUGGCAUUGUCACAGGAGUAAUUUUCAGAUUUAGAAAACAAUUGAGCCUGGUGAUGCACAACAUUUGCAGACGGCAGCUUUCCGCCAUAACAACAGUAUUGCUUCUCUACAUGAGUACGGUGGAUGGGAUUUAUACAACUCUGAUUCCGGCAACAGGGGCCAUACCGGAAGAAGAAAAUAUUGUAAACAAUGAAACUUUACCAAGCUUAGUCGUUUGUCUGCCUACCAAUUCGACGAACUGCAUCAAAUAUGUCAACUCGACGAGAAAUGGUUUGAUUGCGUUAAACGAAAGCCUUUACCCCGCACUCAAAACCUUUCGGGGUGACUAUGACUAUAACCUAAUCGAACGCAUCAGUCCGUUUUGGCUUAAAUUUCAACCACCCAGUAAUAGCUUCUACAACACCAUGGCAGCUCUUUACAUGAUAAUAUUUUGCAUUGGAAGCAGUGGCAAUGGCUUGGUCAUCUACAUGUUUCUAAGAUGUAAAUCAUUGAGGACAUCACCGUAUUUGUUAGUUCUAAAUCUGGCUAUAAGCGAUUUCAUAAUUGUCGUUAAAAGUCCUUUUGCCGUAUUCAACAAUUAUAUGCGAGGACCUGUUUUAGGCGAUUUGGGAUGUCGCAUUUAUGGCUUUAUCGGUGGUCUAAGUGGAACUGCAUCAAUUGGCAUGCUAACUAUAAUUGCUCUGGACCGAUACAGCGUGGUGGUAAAUCCACUUAAUCCCAAUCGUAUCAACAACACCACCCAUUACUAUUUAUUUUGGAUAAUAUUCGUGUGGCUAUAUGCACUGUUCUUCUCUUCAAUGCCAUUGGCCGACAUUGGGCUGUCGAGAUAUGUGCCAGAGGGUUAUUUCACAACUUGUUCGUUUGACUACUUGGACACAUCGUUAAGGGCGCGUAUUUUCAUGUUUGUUUUCUUUGUAUGUGCUUGGCUUGUUCCGCUGUCUAUCAUCUGCUAUUGCUACUUCCACAUUCUAAAGGUGGUUAUCUCCACCCGCGAAAAUAUCCAAAGCAAUAAAAACAAGCAAAAAACCGAGAUACGACUCGCGUUUAUAGUACUGUUGGUCAUACUGCUUUGGUUUUUGGCAUGGACACCGUAUUCCAUUGUGGCCAUCUGUGGUAUAUUCCAUCAGGAAGAGUACCUGACGCCAUCACGUGCCAUGAUUCCGGCGGUAUUUUGCAAAACAGCUUCCUGUCUCAAUCCAUUUCUCUAUACCAUUUCCCAUAAACGUUUUCGACACGAGAUGCUAAGGAUUUUCUGCAAUCGGAAGCCUCUAGUACACUAUUCCACAACGAGGUCUUCCUACAUGACCAGAUCAUCGAGAAAACAGCGCCAGUAUGAUGUAACAGCUGCUGCAGCCUGCCAGUAUGACGGCAGUUUGCGCCGCCGCGACAGUGAAAAUAAUUUUUGCCACCAAAGACCCUAUGUGCUUAGGAGAAAUAUAAGAUCUUAUUCAACCACUGACAGCACAUCAAUGCCAAAGGGUAAAUUUGGAAGGUAUACACCGCGGUCUUCAAUGAUGGCUGAAAAAAGUAUUGCACAAUAUGGCCUGGAAUCAUCAACAAUGGGGGGGAAAUCGAUCAUUGCCGGUUCUCAAGGAAGUGGCGUUUUCAUCAUUAAUGAGAGAGCUACCACAGAGCCCGAAGAAGAUGUCAUCUUUAUAGUAAGUGACGGCGUUUCUGCAAUACGGCAUUCGAUUUCAUCUCAAGUAUUUGUUUUGAGCACCGAUAGUAAUGAUGGCCUGAUGCCCUAUGAGACAAGUUCUUCGCCAACACCGAAGCCAUUGGAAACAAGUCUGUAAGAAAGUAUUAUUUUUGACAAAUAAAUAAUAAGCUAACAUAACAAUAACGACAA